GCGGGCUGAGCGGGCUUGCGGACUGGGCCGUGGGGCGGGCCGCUGUCGCUGUUAUCGCUUACCCCUCGCUCUUUUCCCGCAAACAAUCAAUGGGCAGACAACUUGUCAUGUUCGCUUACCACCAUGUUUAAUUAUGAUGCGUUGCAUCACUUUAGAGGUAGCAGAACAAUUUCGGUUGAUACACCAGGCGUGUGAGACUCGAUGGAGGAGAAGGACUUGGUCUGCGAACGAGUCUAUCAAUCCGCAGCCUUGCGCUUACCUCGCACGUCGCGAAGCUGGGGAAUCCUAGCAAAGAGGGACGCGUUAAUGAUUGGAUGAGUUGGAUGUUGCUUCGUACUACAGAGUCAGCCGCAAUCGUGACUUUGAGGCUGAGGGCUUAGCGCCGAACACGACAGGACACGAGACGAGACGGGCGCAUAAAUUCCAGCGACUCCCCCACGUCCGCGAAUCCAUUCUCCCACGCCCACAUGGCUGUCACUCUGUCCACGCGAGACGUGACCCAACCCAGAACCCGUCCAGAAUGACCGAGGAAUCCAAACCCACGGGCCCGGCAUCGGUGCAGGAGAUCUGGGACAAGACCAUCGUGCGGUUCCAGCAGCGCACGGGCCAGAGGCUCGAUGGGGUCGCGCGGACCCCCGAGGACCUGCGACGAGCGCUGGACGCCCACUAUGCCGCGCAGGAAGAUGACCCGGACACGUCCAAGGCGAAGGCGAUUGGGUUUCGGAUGAUUCAUUGUAUCCAGCUGCUCGGGGGGAUUGCGGCCGAGGGCGCGUCGAUGGUCUUUGGCCCCGCUAACCUCUGCUUCAACGCCCUCUCCUUCCUCCUCGACAUCCCCAAAAAGGUCGCCGAGUUCCACGGCGAGAUCAACGCCAUCUUCGCCGAGGUCGGCCCCGCCCUGGCCCAAUUCCGCAUCUACCAGCGCAUGGAAGAAAACACUCGCGUCGACGAGGCCCUACGAACCUCCAUCGACCAGGUCAUGACGAGCUUCGUCGACAUUUGCGCGAAUUGCAUCAACAUUCACCGCGAGGGCCGGUGGAAGAGCUUCAAGCGGAAUGCGAAGCGGGUUCUGCUAGAUGAGGGGUCUGUUCGCGAGGAGCUGGAAAAUUUCAAAAAGCUUACGCAGGAUCAGAUGAAUGUGCAGGCGACGCUGACGCUGGAGGUUGCGCUGGAGACGAAUGUUGGGGUUGCGUUUAUCAAGACGUCGGUUGGCGAGAUUGAUUCGGCGACCAGGGUCAUCAAGACGGAUGUGACGGGGUUGGUCGAAGCGGAGCAUAAGCGCGGGUUGAACGAUGCGAGGAAGAAGAACCUCGAUGCCAUCAAGGAGAAGCUGGGCCAGAAGGAGGAGGAUGUUGCGACCGUGGUGGAUGCGCGGGACAACAUGUGGAAGACGUCGGUCAAGGGCAGCGGCAAGUGGCUCAACGAGCUUGAUGCAUACACCCAGUGGCUCGAUCGGAGCAGCAGCGCAGCAGAUCCGCUGCUCAUCCUGACCGGAGAACCAGGGACAGGGAAAUCGUUCAUCGUCUCUGCCAUCGCGCAGGACGUCAAGGCCCGCAACUCGGCGACCAAGGCCGAGCGCGGCCUGCUGGGGUACUACUCAUUCUCGAUCGCGACCAAAACCGACAGUGACCGCAACCGGCCGGAGACGGCGCUCAAGUCGAUUUGCAUGCAAAUGGCGGAGCAGGACGCCGUCUAUGCAAAGCAUGUCGCGGGCGUGUGCGGCGAGGCGGGCAAGGACAAGAACUACUUCAAGGACGCUUCUUGCCAGGUUCUUUGGACGACUCUGGGCAUUGGCGCUCCGGCGAGGAACGCCAUGCAUUAUAUCCUGCUCGACUCGGUAAGUCUUCUCAGUGCGGAGGAGCUGGAACGGCUGCUCGAGGCGAUCCAGCAGGGUCCCGUUGCUUCGGACGGGGAAAAGGCGAACCCGGUUCGUGUGCUCAUCAGUGGUGAACCGUCGAGCUUCGACGAGGAGUGGUUGAGUUCGGUGUCGGCCAAGAGUAUUGACAUCACUCAAUACAACGACGACGACAUCAGCGCGUUCGUCGUGGAGGAGCUGAAAAAGGCCGACCUGUUCCAGGGAUCCGAUCAAGACUCGCAGCGGAGGCGAAAGACGGUCAAAGAGCGCCUGCUGAAGCGAUCCAACAACUGCUACGCAACGGUGCAGCAGGAUCUGGGCAAGAUCAAAGCCAUCGUCGCCUCGAGCGGGACAGAGGACGAGCUCAACCGGGUCCUGCAGGAAUCCAGCACAGACCCCAAAGCGCUGGUCCGGUCGGAGCUGGAGACGCUCGAGGCGGUGCUGAACCCCCGCGAGCUCGAAGAAGUGCACGAGCUGCUCAUCUGGACCGUCGCGGGGUUCGGUCGGUUCAACCUCGACGAACUGGCCGCAGCGCUGUACAUGCGCUUCAAGUCUGUUUCGCUCCAGCCGCUGGCGCAGAAGAUCACCGGCAAAUACUCCAAGAUCUUCACAUUGACCUACGGCGGGAAAUUCAUCGCGCUCAGAGACCACGUCGAGGAAUGCGUCGUCGCCGACCGAGUGCGCCCGCGGCAGUCGGUCGACGAUCCCAAAAUCACCGCGACCAUCACCAUCACCAACGGCGACAUCAAGGCGGUCCAGCGCUUCUUUUGGGACCUGACACACCACUCGUCGUUUGCCAACGGCUUCCAGUUCCGGCCGGACGCGGACCUGUCCCAGACGGCCAACCGAAAAAUCCAGAUCUACCGGAUCGACGCCCAUUUCGAGAUUGUGAAAAAGGCAUUCGACUACUUCCUCAUGCCCAACGGCGAGGACAAGCAAAAAGGCGAGCUCUCCGGAAAGUAUCUGAUGAUGUGUCUCCCGGACCAUCUCAAGGCACUCUACGAAGCCGAGGGGCUGGAUGAGCUUUCCCUGGCGGACAAGCAGUACAUCGGCUCGCACGUGUACGACAUGUUCAACGAAGGCGACCUCGUCGAGACCAACUGGGAGAUCUGUCCGUGGUCAAUUUGGUACAAGUCGGAUGACGAGAUGGGCAUCUUCUGGAACUGGCUCGACGAUCCGGUGGCGAUUGCGCGGUUGGGAGCACGCGAUAAACGCUGGCUUGCGGAGAUCAAAAAAGGCAAGAAUCGGAACCGCAGCCUGCUCACUCCGAUCAUGACCAUGAUUGCGCGCAACUGGCUGCAGGCGACCGAAUGGGAGAUCUCGAGACCCUCGGACUGGCUGACGGGGUUCCUUCAGUUGGGCGCUCCACAAGCCAAGGAAAAGACCGACGCCAACGGAGAACCAGAAGCGGAGGCGCAGCAGUCCGUCGAGGAAACACCCGACGACGGCGAGAUAUACAUCACGGCAAACGACAACGUCGUAGAGAAAGUGCUCAAAGCCGAAAAAUGGGCAAAGCAGGCACUGGGCGUGACAGAAAUCGAUGCUACCUGGUGCAUCCGCCUCGGCCAGACGUAUCGAGACUUGCGCGAGUCGGAGGCUGCCUCGGAGCAGUAUGAAAAGGCCGCUGCGAUCCUCCAAGGCCAGGAUCCCAUCGACAAGGAUCGACUCGCGGGCGUGUUUCACGCGCUGGGGGACCUCCAGAACGAGCCCAAGGACGCGCUGCCGUACUACAAGCAGGCAUACGAGCAGAACGACUCGAAUGUGGAUAUCCUCUACGCCCUCGCCACACGCUCCGCUUCCAAGGGGAUAACAGAAGAGGCAUCCUCGAUCAUCCAAAAGGCUGCGACCCAGACAGUCCCAGGCACGGAUUCCUCGCUACUUGUCUCGAUGCUGAAAAAGACCGUCCGCGAUCAAGCGUGGGACGACAUGCUCGCGAUAUUUACAGUGUUCCUAUCUCUCAUAGAAUCCUCUCCUGACAUCUGGCCAACUCUAAACACGGAGCUGGAAAAUGCAAUCGACAAAUACCGUGCGGAGAAUGAACUCAAGGAGCUCGCGACGUUCCACCUCCUGCAAGGAGCCGCACUCUACUAUCUCCGCCAGGAGAUCCCAGAGGACCUAGAGCAGGCAGCCACCUCCUGGCGCGCGGGUCUGGCCACUGUGCGCGAAGAAGUCGGCUUUGAAGAAAACGACCAGCUCGUGUACGUUGAACAGCACUGCCUCAGCUCGCUGGGUCGGCUGUACGUCGAAGGCAUAAUCCAGGAACGGGACUCGGACCCGCAGUCGGGUUUCCAGGAACUGCAACAGGCACACGAGUCCGAGAGAGCGUCCCGGGCCGUCACGGCUCUGCUGGCGUCUCUGUGCGCACUGACUGGACAGCGGGAUAAAGCGCGUGAGGUCCUGCGAGCCGAUAUGGUUACUGCGUUUAACAUUCUUGUCGACGACGAAGCUGGAAAUGACUGGGAGGGCUUUGCGUCGAUCCGGCAUCUCCUCGCGCACACGGGGGACUUUGAGAAUGCUUACAAGGCUUGUAUGUUGUUCCCGGGGCAGUGGUUCAAUCUCGAUGUUCUCAAGGCGCUGCUGGACGAUGAAGAACCCGCCUUCGAAGCCGCCAGCGCGCAGCUGGUAGAAUUCUUCGAAAAGGAGUGCCAUCCAGAGGAAACACACGAGGACCGGUUCAGCAAAACCUCAACCGAAGUCGAGCGCCUUCUCGCCGCAGCGGAACCCGACAGCAGCGAGCACGCCGCGUGGACGGGCAUCUCCAAGCUCCUAAGCGGAUACCGCCAUCUCAACGAUAACUCGUUCUUCUGCAACUGGUGCAGGAAGCCGUAUGACUUUGACAAGGGGUUCAACGCUUGCAAAUACUGCUACGAUAUGGACCUCUGUGAUAAGUGCUUGGGUGACUUGCGCCCUGGAACGCCGGGUGCACCGUAUGUAUGCAGUAAGUUGCACGACUGGAUUCACCUGGAGCCGUGGGAUACGCGCAGCUAUGUUCGGGCGUGGAAAAGGGUGGUGCCUGUUAUUGCCGAGAAUGGGGUUGAGCGGUUGGUUCCCGUGUCCAAGUGGUUGGGGGAUUUGUGUGAUGAGUGGGGGUUGGCCAAGGCAGAUUGGGACUUUGAGUAGCUACUCGCGCAAGAUGAGGACACGGGAAGAUGGCGAGAACCGGAGAGUACUCAACGUCUACCGCAAUUUAGUACGCAGCUUUUAGCAUGAGAUCGAAUUUCAUGCAGGGUAAAAUCUAGCCCAACCACAUGUCUUGAUUUAUUACCCAUGGAUUCUAAGAUACGAUCAAGCUUCCUUUCUAGGAGACUUACGUUACAAAUCAUAACGUAAUAAGAAG